AUGGCCACUCACACUUAUCCCGCUGUGAAGCUUCCCCAUCCAUUUCUCACCGCCUACCGGGUGCACACCGUCGAAGCAUCCAAGCGUGUGUUGAUCCUACAAGAUCAGCCUACAACUGGUCGACCUCUGCCUGAGCCAUUACACCUCGAAUCCCUCUCAUGGCGUGAUUUGAGCUUCCGUCCCAAGGAGGAGCAGCCUCCCGCCAACAACAACACCGCAUGGGGUCGAGCCCGCCGUAGCCCGGAGACCGUCUUCCAAUGGACCGAUAAGACCCCUUCUUUGGGUCAGAUCUGGGGUGUUGUCCAUGCGAUCUACCUUGCCUACCCCACAAACGAAUACUUCCGUGUGACACUUGAUGGUGAGGGCAAGGAGAUCCUGCGGACUGAACUGCUUGCGACCGGUCUGGCUAUCGAGCACCCCAAGCCAUGGGGUAAGAAGGAGCUGCCAACCGAGCAAGCAGAGGAACUGCUUGUUCUGAGAAGUUCAUUCUGGCAGGGUGCAGCUUCCCCUGUGGGCCCACGGCCGAUCUGGGUUGCGGGUGACGGGAUUGACGGAGUUGCGCGUGAGUCCUUGGACAGGUAUCCCAUUCAACCGGAGAACUACCACUUCACGAAUAAGUUCCCCGAAGAGCCAGUAUACACACGACACCCGAUUCGUCGCCCGAAACCCGCUCCUGGCUCCAUUGCAUACAGCCGCUACAUCCCCGAGAUCGAUGAACACUUUUCGCUGGAGGUUGUGAACUGGGAAGAUGCUGAGCACUUGAAGCUCUUCAAUACCUGGCAGAAUGACCCUCGUGUGGCAAAGGGCUGGAACGAGACUGGCACAUUAGAUCAGCAUCGGGAGUACCUGCGCAAGCUGCACGUUGAUCCUCACGUUCUUUGCUUGUUUGGCCGCUUCAACGAGACCCGUUUCUCGUAUUACGAGCUGUACUGGGCUAAGGAGGACCACUAUGGAGCUCACUACAAUGCUGGAGACUACGACCGUGGUCGUCACUCCCUUGUUGGUAAUGCCUCGUUCCGUGGUGCCCAGCGCGUCAACGCCUGGUACUCCAGCUGUAUUCACUAUUGUUUCCUGGAUGACCCACGCACAGCAAAUGUUGUCGGUGAGCCCCGUGCCACUGGCUCGAUCAUUCUGUCCUAUGAGAAUGCUCAGGGUCUGACGAUCGGCUCGUAUGUUGAUCUUGGCCACAAGCGCUCCGUGCACUCGAUCGCCAGCCGAGAGAAGUGGUUCCAGCUGUGCCCGAUCUUCUGGGAUGGACGUGAGCGUCCCCUGGAGUCUGCUGAUCGUGCGGCUUGGAAUGCUAAGCUCUAA